GAUGGUGAAGGAGGAGAGUGAAGAACUGAGUGAAGAUGAGGAGAAACAUCAUGUCAAAACUGAAACUGAAACUCGAACAAAGACUGAAGAUAGUUUAUUAUUAAAAACAACAACAGCUGAAAAUGGUUUCACCUGCACUCAGUGUGGAAAGGGUUUAAGCUGCAAAUACACUCUCAGCCUUCACAUGAGGAUCCACACUGGAGAGAAACCACACAAAUGUGAUCAGUGCAACAAAACGUUUCUGAGGCCUUCAGAGCUGACCAAGCAUCUCCGAGUUCAUACAAAGGAGAGGCCUUAUUCAUGCUCUGAGUGUGGAAAGAGUUUUACACAGCAGUCAGGUCUGAAACUACACGAGAAGAUCCACACUGGUGUCAAAGAGUUUGUGUGCUUUGCAUGUAAGAAGACUUUUAUUAGAGCUCCAGAAUUGAAACAGCACCAGAGGAUUCACACCGGAGAGAAACCGUACGUGUGUUCACACUGCAACAAGAGAUUCAGUCGGAUACAACCACUGAAAGCGCAUCAGAUGAUUCACACUGGAGAGAAACCGUACACGUGUAUUCACUGUGGGAAGAGCUUCAGACACUCAACAUCCCUUAAUCGACACAUGCUGAUCCACACUGGAGAGAAAACACACCAAUGUGAUCAAUGCAGCAAGACAUUUUUAAGACCUUUAGAUCUGAAGAUCCAUCUUAGAGUUCAUACAAAGGAGAAGAACUAUUUGUGUACCUUGUGUGGAAAGAGUUUUACCACGCAGUCAACUUUAAGACUACAUCAGAAGAUCCACGCUGGUCUGAGAGAAUUUGCCUGCUUUGACUGUAAGAAGACUUUUAUUACGUCAGGAGACUUGAAACAACACCAGAGGAUUCAUACUGGAGAGAGACCUUUCGUGUGUUCACACUGCGGCAAAACGUUCAGAUAUUCAGGACACCUGAAAGCACAUGAGCGGAUUCACACUGGAGAGAAACCGUACUCUUGUACUCGGUGUUGGAAAGGUUUCACGCGAUCAACACACCUUAAUAAACACAUGAAGAUUCACAGCUAAUCACAUUCUGUAGGGCUGUAACUGGUUGUUAGGGUGUGGCUAGAACGUUAUAAGGUCAUCAUUGAUUUUGACGAUCUAGGCACAAAGUCUAAAGCACAGGAUGCAAAAGUAUUAAGGGCGUGCCCUAAUCCACUUUUGCUAUUUUAAGGAUGGAAAAAUACGCUUUGCGCCCCUGCGCAUGGUCUAACAGGGUUGAGCUUAUUCUCUUAAUGAGUUCUGGGUGUGUUUUAAGCAUAACGUGCAUUAAACCAAUCAGAGUAUCAUCUCCCAUUCUCUUUAAGAGUCAGUUAUGUCAUGCCAUGGUGCAUUUUCUAUUUACAUGGCGAAUGAACACUUCACUAUCGAGAAAACAGUUAAACAGAGCAUCUGCAGCACGAGGAUAAAGAACGAGCCUCCUCCAUUCAGCCUCUUUACUUUCACUUUACUUUUACUUUAUUCCUAUACUAUGGAGUAAGGAAAUGGUGGAAACUCACUCUACUUAACACAUCCAUUAGCUGACAUAUUUUAGUUUCAAAACUGAUUCUAAAUUCAUUUCUAAUCUCCAGCAAAGGAAUAAAUGAACAAUAAUAACGAAGUGUGGUCAGAAAACUGAGUUAUAUCCAAACACGCAUCCUGUUUUUAUGCCCCAUAUGGUGAUGCAGAUGUCUCCUAAACCCCACAGGUGGACAAAUCAUAACUUGUUUUUGUUAAAACAAAUAUAAAUAUGCAUAUAAUAAACACUACUACUAAUACUAACGAUAUACAAAUGCAAACUGUCAUGAAUGAACUACAACAGAGCCGGGUUCCAAAGCCCCCUGAGAUGAAGAAGGCAUGGAAGUAGUGGUUAUUAUAUUUAUGUAGAAACAUUUUAAUCCUUUAAUUGUUUUCACAUGUAAAGAUAUUUGUGGAUUGCUGUGUGUAUUAAGCAAUGUGUACCGGUGUUUUGGACCCACAUAGAUGCAUAACUAACGCAAUCUUUAAAUUACAAAAACUUUGAGCCAUUGAUUUUAGAGCAGCUUUCAAUGGCGCUGUCUAUUUCAGUUGCCUCAAGAUAGCAACGCACCAACAAUGCACUUUAACGCACCUUUUUUCCCCCACAACAGCACACCCGUGAGUCCACAAAUAGAUUUGCUAUUUAAACAAUGUGGCACAAAAUGUGAAAAUUUGUGCUGCGCUGGUCUGAAAAUGACAAAAUAAAACCAAAAACACGCAGCCGAUUCACCAGGUGUAUGAUAGGACCCACUGAGCCAAAGCCCACCAUAAUGUUUUUAUCCUGCUUCAAUAUCUCAGGCGCUCUUCUCAUAAUGUCCAGUUGGUGGCGCUUGAGAUUUUGGUGGCUCGUUGAUUUUUCUAGCUGAGACAAUUUGCUCACUAUGAUUUGCAAACCAUGGCAGUAACAUAUUACUGUGCAGCUCUGCACAGUUUAGUUCCAACCCUGAUUAAACACACCCGAUCAAAUUAAUUGAGUCCUUCAGGCUUGUUUCAAAUCUACAGGUAAGCAUGUUGGAGUUGGGUUGGAACUAAACCCUCCAGGAACUGAGUUUGACACUCCUGCUUUAACCAAUCUAAAGUGUUUAUGAAUAUUGUGUAAGCUUCCUUUUCAUCGUAAGAUAUUGUUUGGGGGAGGGGGAUAGCAUGAGAGAUGUGAUGUCUCAUUUUUAAUGUUUUGUUAUUUCUUUAUUUUUUGUCUUGAGUGGAAGAGUAUGGCAGUUCAGUUCGAUAUCUCUUUUUGAAAACUAUUAUUAAAUAAAAAAUG